AUGAUUUUACCUCCAUAUCCUUAUCACCUACAUCCUAAAGCAAUCAUCCAAGAUCUAGUUGACUUCCCUUUACAAUUCUACUCAAGAGACCUCGCUUUAAAGAAUAUGGAUAGAUCUUUAAACAUUUUUCAUGCUAAAAUGCUAAAAGAAGCAGGGCAUCGCUGCAGAUUAUUCUUAUCUUUACUUGCAAAUAAUAAAAUUCAAGACUUAGAAGAUCUAUGUGAGCUAAACUUGUAUAAAAAAAUCAAAAAUUCAAUAGCAUCCUUCAAAGGCCAAGGAUACACAAUUAAAUCAAUUGGAGACAUAGAAAAAUCCAAAACAAUAUAUUUAGGGAGCACCAAAUAUAUAGGCAAUUUGCUUCCUUAUCGAAACUUAAAUUUGCCAAAAUUCAACUAUAAAUCUCGUCGAUCUAAUAUACCUAUUUUUCGCAGAGCUGUUGAAUAUUAUUAUUUUGGGGUUUAUUAUAAGCUUUUAAAAUGAUAUAAAAAUCCUGGCUAUGACGGUAAAAUUUACUCGCUUGACUUGAAGCAUCUUAAUACACUAGAUGAUAUAUCACCAUUUGAAGAUGAUUUAGAAAAUCUAAGAAACGCCUUGGACUUUAAAUCAAUUACGAUGUAUGUUUUGGACGUAGGCUUUACUAGUUCCUUUAAACUGCUAGUAGUAGACAAAGAUGGGAAUAUUGUGGAAGGAGAAGAAAAUCCAGAAAAAUUAGAGUUUCACUCUUUCAGAUUAGAAAAGGUCAUAAAUAAUAAAUCAAGAGCUGAGUGAAUGAAAUCGAAUUUUAAAGGAAUUUUAAAUGAAUUUAUUAUUAGUGAUGUAGAUGGAUUGAUGGAUGGAAAUCCAUUUACUAAAUAA